CACCGCUGUUCUCCUGAAGUGUACCAAUCAGCGAGCGACAUCGCACUCGGCUUCCUACAGCCUGAUUGGUCGGUCGGCCUUUUAGCACAGGAAGUACGUGGGUGUGUUUCCGGAAGGAGGGUCUUAAACUGCAACGACGAACUUCUCUGAAGACACCGACGGUGUUGGCACAUAAACAGGAUGGAGCUGCGGCCGUUUUUCAUGUGCUUUGCUCUCUGUGUGGUUUACGCCACCAGUAAGCCAACUGAGAAGAAGGACCGUGUUCAUCACGAUGAGCUUCUCAGCAACAAGGAGCAUGACGAUGGCGAGAGCUUUGACUAUGACCAUGAAGCCUUUCUGGGAGAAGAGGAGGCCAAGACCUUUGACCAGCUCACACCAGAGGAGAGCAAGGAGAGACUCGGCAUGUUGGUUGAACGCAUCGAUGAGGAUAAGGACGGCUAUGUGACCGCAGAGGAGAUGAAGAAGUGGAUCAAACACGCUCAGAAGCGCUGGAUCUACGACGAUGUGGAGCGGCAGUGGAAGACUCACGACCUCAACGGGGAUAACUUUGUGUCGUGGGAGGAAUACAAGAACGUCACAUAUGGAUACAUCCUUGACGAUCCAGAUGCCGAUGAUGGCAUCAGCUACAGGCAGAUGAUGGCUCGCGAUGAGAGAAGAUUUAAAAUGGCUAACGAGGACAAUGACCUGAAUGCCAACAAGGAGGAGUUCACAGCCUUCCUUCACCCCGAGGAGUAUGACAACAUGAAAGACAUCGUCGUGCUGGAAACUAUGGAAGACAUCGACAAGAAUGGAGAUGGUUUAAUUGAUCUGAAUGAGUACAUAGGUGACAUGUACAACCAGGAGGGAGAUGGUUCAGAGCCAGAGUGGGUGAAGACAGAGAGAGAGCAGUUCAGUGAGUUUAGAGACAAAAACAAGGACGGGAAAAUGGACAAGGAGGAGACCAGAGACUGGAUCCUGCCAGAUGACUAUGACCACGCCGAGGCAGAGGCCAAACAUCUGCUCUAUGAGUCUGAUACAGACAAAGACGGCCGUCUGACCAAGGCAGAAAUCGUGGACAAGUACGACCUGUUCGUGGGCAGCCAGGCCACCGACUUUGGAGAGGCUCUGACUCGACAUGACGAGUUCUAACGUCCUCCUGCUUCCAGAGACUUUGUGUGCUCAUCGUGUGUGUGUCACCUUUCAAAAACACACAAGAUGGGCUCCUCUAAAUCCAACGCCUCGGACAAUAAUUUAUUUUGAAUGUCUCCCAUUGUACUCUCGCUCAUAUUUGACGUCAUAUAUACAUGCCUGCGCCGUGUCCUCACGUGUUACACUAGGACAUAUUGCUUUAUCAUCCCAGCCUUGGCCAGUCACCUGUGUUAGAUUUCUCUUUUUGUUUGGUUUGAAAUCACAUUUUUAUAUGAAACAAAACCCUCAAGAAAACAGCACUGGACUGUGAAGAAUUUAGAAUUUGUCCUAAUCAUCUUUCAAAUCAAGCAAUCGGGCCAGAAACUGAAACAUGCUAGUUACUGAUUUCUUUGGUUUUCGUGUUUUCGAUCAUUUAUUAUGUAGUUUAGAAUAGUUUGUAACCAGGUGAGAAUAUGAGAUUCCAGUAAAAAAAAUUAAGACAUUUUGCACUAGUGCAAUACAGAAUCAUUCGCUGGGACCUUGCUGUGUUUGCUUCACUGGUCCCCGCUGCGUCCAUGUUGACAUAAGCUGUGGGUUGUGCUAAUUUAGCUGAAGGAAUGGAGGAAUAAUAUUCUGGGAGUAACAGGACCUCCUUUACACCUGGCUUUAAAAUGUGUUUUCUGUGAUCGGAUUGCAUUCAGAUAGCUCCUGACCACUUCUAAGUACAGGUGUGAAUACACCCGAGAACGAAAGCAGAAAAAUGUUGGUGCUGCUGCUUUCGUUGGUUUUCCACUCGACGAUGACUUCAACUGCUUUAGAAAAGCAAAGAAGAAGCCACACAAUAGCGCAACUUCACAUGUGGCAAAUGUUGAUAUGGCAGCUUACAUGACCAUGAUCAGAUAGCAAUCAGAUCUGAUCUGAUGAAUCUGAUCACAGAAAACACGUUCCUACAUCAGGUGUAAAGGGAUUCGCAGAUGCUUCGUCGUCAAAGCUGCCUCCUCCCUUCCUUCUCAUCACCUCAACAGUGUGUGUGUGCGUGAAUCUAUGUGUGUACAUAGUAUUCUUAUUAAUGACUGAAUCCUCUUGUUUUGAGUUGACUUUGUUUCAGCUGAACUAAAAAGUUGUUUGUGCCAAGCAAGAAAAAAAAAAAUCUUUGUACGCAGUUUAAAAGAAGAGAGCUUCUUCCCUCCUCCCCUCACACAAAUAUAUUAGUUAAUGGUUACAUUAUCACUACCAUUCACCAACAUUUAUAACCACUGUUGAUAAUUUUUAUGCUAUAAUGUAUAUGACAAUGUUUUUUUACAGGCUCACUGCAGCCACAAGCCUUUCACGUGUGACUUUAUUGUAAAUAAGUUGUUGCUGUGCAAACAGAGCACUCUAACAAGCAGGUCCAGUCUUUGUGAUUGAGAAGAACCUCAAUAAAAACAAAUACAGUUGGAACUGUA